UCUCCUUCCCCCUCUCCCUCUCCCUUCGCUCUCACUCCACUCCCCUCUCCCUCUCUUCCUCGCCUCCUCCGCUUCCUCCAUGGCCGUGGCCGAGAUCUCCCCCUCCUCCUACGCUAAAACCCUACACUCCGACCUCUCCUCCAAACCCUCGAACCCUCUCCGCGCUCGCACCUCGCGUUGCCGCUCCGCCGCGCUCCCACCUCGCCCGGCGCCCACAAUCCGCUGCUCCGUAGCUCCCAACCAAGUGCAAACCCUUGUUUCCCCUGCAGUUCCCACCGGCGCGGCGAGCAAAAGAGAGUGCUUUGGGGUUUUUUGCACCACGUACGAUCUUAAAGCGGAUGAGAAAACAAAGUCAUGGAAGAGUUUAAUUAACAUUGCAGUAUCUGGUGCAGCUGGAAUGAUAUCUAAUCAUCUACUUUUCAAACUUGCUUCUGGUGAGGUUUUCGGACCGGAUCAACCAAUAACCUUGAAGUUGUUGGGCUCUGAAAGAUCAUUUCAAGCUCUUGAAGGGGUGGCUAUGGAGUUGGAGGACUCUCUUUACCCUUUGUUGAGGGAGGUAAGCAUAGGCAUCAAUCCAUACGAGGUGUUUCAAGACGUCGAAUGGGCACUUCUAAUAGGGGCAAAGCCACGAGGUCCUGGAAUGGAGCGAGCCGGCUUAUUAGAUAUUAAUGGGCAAAUUUUCGCUGAACAGGGAAAAGCACUCAAUGCUGUGGCCUCCCGUAACGUCAAAGUUAUAGUUGUGGGGAACCCAUGCAACACAAAUGCAUUGAUUUGUUUGAAGAAUGCACCAAAUAUACCUGCAAAGAAUUUUCAUGCCUUAACGAGGCUGGACGAAAAUAGAGCCAAAUGCCAGCUAGCCCUCAAAGCAGGUGUAUUUUAUGAUAGAGUAUCGAACGUGACAAUCUGGGGGAACCACUCAACAACGCAGGUUCCUGAUUUUUUAAAUGCCAAAAUCAAUGGCAUUCCUGUUAAAGAAGUUAUCAAAGAUACCAAGUGGUUAGAGAAAGACUUCACUGAAAAUGUUCAAAAGCGCGGAGGAGUGCUUAUUCAGAAGUGGGGCAGAUCUUCAGCUGCAUCUACCGCUGUUUCUGUUGUUGAUGCCAUACGGUCCCUGAUUAUUCCCACUCCAGAAGGCGAUUGGUUCUCCUCAGGGGUUUAUACCAACGGAAACCCUUAUGGCAUAGCGGAAGAUAUCGUGUUCAGCAUGCCGUGCAGAUCAGACGGAAACGGUGAUUAUGAGCUUGUUAAGGACGUCGUGAUUGAUGAUUACCUCAGAGGACGCAUAAAGAAGAGCGAAGCUGAGUUGCUUGCUGAGAAAAGAUGCGUUGCUCAUCUCACCGGAGAGGGUAAUGCUUACUGUGAUCUUCCUGAGGACACCAUGCUUCCUGGAGAACAGUAAGAAUAUGGCGAAUAGAACAUUUAGCGGCAGCAAUAUAAGGUCAGAAGAACAGAUCACUCAUCUAGAGAAGCUGCUGCCUCUUAUUAUGCUCUACUUCGUGUUGUACAAUAAAAGGCUUUGGUGCUUCGAUGAUGCAGAUUUUGUGCGAUAAUCGGAUCGUUGUCACGUUUCUUCCCUAUGUGACCUUUCCUUUUAUCAUUUUUAAUUACAAAUGAGGCUUCUGGGCCUCGAUUUGCUUUUGGAGCUUGUUAAGGCGUCAAUGAACUGGGCAAUUGGCAAAAUUGCCAAACAGGCUUUAAUACGAAAUGUGAUAGUAUAUAAGUAUUUAAUGCGUUUGUCCCCGUAAUGCAGAGGCUUUGAUCGGCUCA